AUGGCGGCGGCCGCGCUGUUCGGGCCGAAGGGGGCCAAGAGGGCGGCGGCGUCUUUGGAGGGCGCGGGCGCCGAGGCGGCUUCGGACGGCCCGGCGGCGGCGGCGGGUUCCGCGGCCGAGGGGGGGCAGAAGAGGAGGCUGGACCUCGCCGACCUCUCGGCCCUCACGCGGAGCAUCGCGGAGGAGCGGAGCAAGUUGCGGCUCUUCGUCAUCAAGCAGAAGGAGGACUUCGAUCAGAAGAAGGCGGCGGGCGGCGACGGCCUGGGCGGCACGGACGAGAACGAGUACUUCUCUGCCGUACCAGGCGACGAGUUCGGCCCAUCUCGCCAGUUUCGAGUAGAAGCCGGCAUCGGGCGCGGGGUGUUUUCCAGUGUAUUUUCUUGCCGGGACACGAGAGACAGUCCCGGCAAGGAGUAUGCCGUAAAAUUCAUUCGCCGCAAUACCAUGAUGCGGCGCGCCGCGGAGAAGGAGGUGGAAAUGUACCGCAAGCUCGCCAAGGGCGGGGAGAAAGACGACCCAGAGGGCGCACGUUUCUUGAUCAGCCUGGCGGGAUGUGGGACACUGGAGCACCAAGGACACUUGUGCAUGUUCUUCGAGCUCCUGAAGUGUGACAUGCGCUAUGCCCUGCAGAGGUACGGGCAGGGUGGAGGGCUGCCCUUGCCGGCCCUCAUGCAGUACACGCGCCAGGUUUUUCUCGGGCUUCGAGCCUUGAGGAAGAUGAAGGUCGUGCAUGCCGAUCUGAAGCCAGACAAUAUAUUUGUAGUGCUGCGCCGCCUGCCGCCAGACCCACAGGUGCGCAUAUGCGACUUUGGUAGCGCCAUGGACACGUCGGAGCAGGUGAAGACGUCUUAUGCACAGCCGCGCUACUAUCGGGCCCCCGAGAUCAUGUGCGGUCUUCCUUACGACACGCAGAUCGACCUGUGGAGCGCAGGGGCAACUGUUUUCGAGCUGGCCACUGGGCGCAUCCUUUUCACGGGCACGACGAACAACCAGAUGCUGAAGCAGUUCUUGGACGUGUGCGGCGGUUGCCCCAAGAAGAUGCAGACGGACGGGGAGGCGUCGAAGAAGCAUUUCGACGGCAAGGGUGGCUUCCUGCACAGGGACAAGGACUCCAUGAGUGGCCAGCCCAUCGUUCUCAAUUGCUCGGAGACGCUAAAGCCGCACCGGUCGGUGCUCGGCCUGCUUCAGACCACGCUGGCCACGCCGAGGGAUGGCAUGGAGGCAUCGGUGCAUGAGGCGUGGGUGAAGCAACUUGCAGAUCUUGUAGGGGGAUGUUUGCAGCUUGACGACACCACGAGGUUACAGCCAGCAGAGGCUUUGGAGCUACCGUUCUUCAAGAAGGACAGAUGAGG